AUGAAGUUCCUAGGAUUGGCAUUGGCUGUGUAUGGGCUGGUGGAGCAUACUGAUGCGGCCACAGUCAAACGUGCAGAGAGUGCAUCUGGGAAUUCCAGCUCUUACGAUUUUGUUAUCGUGGGUGGUGGUACUGCAGGCCUCGCUGUUGCAUCGCGCAUAAGUAAUGGCCUCCCAGAUGUCAAGGUAUUGGUCAUAGAAGCCGGGCCCGACGGCCGUCAAGACCCGGGAAUCUUCAUCCCAGGAAGAAAAGGCUCGACUCUUGGCGGGAAAUACGACUGGAAUCUCACCACGGUAGCACAACCGAAUGCCAACAAUCGCGUCUUUACGCAAAAUCGUGGAAAAGUGCUUGGUGGAAGUUCAGCACUCAACCUAAUGACAUGGGACCGCACUUCGGAGUACGAGCUGAAUGCUUGGGAGAAACUCGGCAACGUUGGGUGGAACUGGAAGAAUUUGUACGCAGCCAUGCUAAAGGUCGAGACUUUUUUGCCAUCUCCCGAAUAUGGAUCCGAUGGCGUUGGCAAGACCGGUCCUAUUCGAACUCUUAUCAACAGAAUCAUUCCUCGCCAGCAAGACACCUGGAUCCCGACUAUGAACAAUCUGGGUCUGGCUCCUAAUCGAGAAUCCCUUAAUGGCCAUCCCAUUGGUGUCGCGACCCAGCCGAGUAACAUCCGGCCAAAUUAUACUCGUUCUUACGCGCCAGAGUAUCUCCAGCUUGCUGGACAGAACCUCGAAUUGAAGCUAGAUACUCGAGUCGCAAAAGUCAACUUCAAAGGCAAAACCGCCACCGGCGUUACCCUGGAAGAUGGCACUAUCAUCAGUGCGCGGCGAGAAGUGAUUUUGUCUGCUGGAUCCUUCCAAACACCAGGUCUUCUUGAGCACUCAGGUAUCGGAGACUCGGCCCUCCUAGGGAAACUUGGAAUUCAAGUGGUCAAGCACCUGCCUUCUGUUGGUGAAAACCUUCAGGACCACAUCCGCAUCCAGCUGGCAUUCCAGCUCAAACCAGAAUAUACUUCAUUCGACGUUCUCAAAAACGCCACACGUGCGGCUGCCGAGUUAGCCCUAUAUAAUGCCGGAGAGCGCUCACUCUACGACUACACCGGCAGUGGAUACGCCUACUUCCCCUGGAACCUAAUCUCCAACGCCACAGCUUCAAAACUCCAAGCUCUAGUUGACAACGACACAACCUUAACCUCAACCACCGACAAGCUAAAGAAAAGCUACUCCUCCCCAUCUCUCAACACCAAAGUCCCCCAACUCGAAGUCAUCUUCUCAGACGGCUACACUGGCCGCAAGGGCUACCCCGCAGUCAACUCCUCCCAAUUCGGCAUCGGCACUUUCUCCCUCAUCGGCGCAGUACAGCACCCCUUGAGCAAAGGCAACGUCCACAUCACCUCGCGAAACAUCAGCGAUAAACCGCUCAUCAAUCCAAACUACCUCUCUCACCCUUACGACCUCCAGGCCAUUACGAGUCUCGCAAAGUUCAUGCGCAAAAUCGCUUCCUCAGCCCCGAUGAGCGAGGUGUGGACUCAUGAAUACGAACCUGGUAGUGCCGUACAGACAGAUGCUGAUUGGGAGAGUUUUGCGAGGGAAAAUACACUGAGUAUUUAUCACCCUGUCGGUACUGCUGCGCUGCUUCCGGAGAAAGACGGGGGUGUAGUGGAUGCGAAACUGAAAGUGUAUGGUACAAAGGGUUUGAGGGUUGUAGAUGCGAGUGUUAUUCCUUUAUUGCCCAGUGCGCAUAUUCAGACGCUGGUGUAUGGGAUUGCUGAACGGGCGGCGGAGAUGAUUGUUGCUGAGCACAAGCACUAG